UCAUGAGAACCCAAAGAAAGAUAAACUGAAAUAUAAAUUUAUCACAAUUUCCGUAAACAAGAGUCUGACUGACGAUAAAGCGUCAGUUUCAAAAUAGACUAAAUACGUAGCCGGACGGGCGUAGCAAGAUUUGCAAAGAUGUGCGGCAGAUGCGAAGAUAGCAAAGACAUCAUUUCGAAAAAUGAUAAUUGGUCUACUAAAAGGACUUUCGCAUUGAUAGUAGUUUUUUCUGUGACACUUUCUUCACUAGGUAUUAGUUGUUUUGCUCUACUGAGUGUUCAAAAUUUAUCUCACGAUUUGGAUUCUCUCAAAAUUGUGCUCAGAAGAAGUCGUCUCGAACUAGCAAAGCAGCAAGGAUACGGAUUUAACGAUGUGCAAGCUGAUCUAUCUGUUGGGCCUAUCUACGAAACACCAGUGGAUGUGAAAAGUACAACCAUACGAAAAAUUCGAAGAUUGAAAAGGAGUAUUGAUUCAGAAAAGAUCGAUGGACUGGUUGAUUAUAAUAUCCCUCGUGAAGCCAGAUCUGCAACUAAUUUGCAGACUUCCACAUCGAUUGAGAAUGUGGAGCUAAUCUCGAAUAUUGGGAAUGCCCAGGAAAUUGACGACGAUUAUGAAAGGGAUUCCCAUCCAAGGGAAGAUAUCGAAAAGUUCAUUCCAGAGGAAAACAAGACUAUCGAAAGUAAUGACAAACGUCCUUUAUCCACUUUACCUCAGAAUCCUUAUAUACCCAGAAUUAUCGAAGAUAUACAGAGUCAAAAGAACCACCACAUCAAGAAAAAAGCUGUAAAUUUUGAUGAGGAGGAUGUCGAGUCUUUCACUCAAGAGUAUCAAGUACCACAUAACGUUUACAGGCACAGGCAAAGAGGAAGGAACAGUAAUCAGUUGGAAAUCAUAGACGAAUUCUCUCCACAAGCUGGAAGGUUGAAAUCUUUAAAAGCUUUCCAUCUUAACGGCGAUACUUCUAGGUAUAUGCUUGGUGUUCAUACGAACUACAAAGGUAAUGGUCAUUUACGUCAUGCACAAAAAAUGUUCGUUGAUUGGAAAGUAAGCGACUGGGUGGAAACAAUCAGUGCCACUCAUAGUUUCCACUUGAAAAACGGAGUGGUCACAGUGAAAGAAUCUGGUUUAUAUUUCAUUUACGCACAGAUUUAUUAUUUAGACGAGCACGACUCGAAUGGAUACAUAGUUCACAGAAAUUCUGAAAACAUUUUUCAAUGUAAAGUAACGGCGCCUUCUUUCGAGAGGUUAUUGAAGGGAAACACCUGUUACACUGGAGGAGUAGUAUUCCUUGAGGCGAACGAUAAAAUUUCAAUCGAUGAUAUAUCUGAUGGAAGAUACACCCUGUUUGUACCUGGAUACUCGUUCUUCGGAAUGAUCAAAUUAGGGGACAUCAAUGGAAAAUGAUGCGGAAAACUCUGGCUUCAUUUAUUAAUAUGUCAUUUGUGUUCCAGCUGAUUAAAUAUUUCAUGUCUCAACUUAUAGCGUGCGACAGAUACUUCCAAAUAAACUUCAGUAUUGUUGAUAUCUCGAGAAUAAAAACUAUUCCGGAGGUGUGAACAAUAAAACAGCGUUGUGAAUAGGUUUUCCACUAAAUAAAUAUGUAUCUAAUUA